AUGAGUACUUGCAGUGAUCUUCCCCUCACUAAAUUGGCUCCAAAAGCUAAACCGGUAGAGGUAAAAGGCAAAGCGCAACUUGGGGGAGAAGGUGAACCCAGCGGAUCAAAAGUAGUUGAGGAACCAAAGAUAAAACCUCUUCCCCCUUUCCCACAAAAGUUUAAAAAGAAUAAAGAAGAGGAGUGUUUUGCAAAGUUCAUAGACUUAUUGAAACAAGUGCAUAUCCCAAAAUAUGCUAAGUUUGUCAAAGAUAUUAUGGCCAAUAAAAGCAAGUUAGCUGAAUUUAAAAUAAUGGAACUCACUGAAGAGUGUAUUUCAAGAAUCUUGAACAAAGUUGAGCUUCCAGCUAAACAAAAAGAUCUAGGUAGUUUCACAGUAGAGGUAACUAUUGGUAAGUACAAUAAUGCUAGAGGUUUUUGUGAUCUAGGUGUUAGUAUUAACUUGAUGCCUAGAUCUAUGCUUAAGAAAUUAGGGCUGGAAGAACUUAAAUCAACCAUUAUUUUGCUACAGUUAGAUGAUUGUUCUGUAGCUAGACCAGAUGGUAUCAUUGAAGAUGUGUUAGUACAAGAGGGAUCCCUCAUCUUUCCUGUUGACUUUAUUGUUUUAGAUUUUGAGCUUGACCCCGAGGUUCCUUUUAUCUUAGGACCCCCGUUCUUAGCAAUAUGA